CCACUCGACGCUGCGACUACAAAUUCGUUUCCCGAGUUAAAACGAGGAUUGGUUCUCUUUUGCGUGUAAUAUACAGUCAACCCCUGCUGGGAGCUGGGCCCCAAGUUCCAAGCGCUCGAGAAAGAACGCCGGCAAACAAUUCGGCUGGCCGGGACGGGACUGGACGCGACGGGACAGCGAAACCAGUCUCGAACCCAGAUGAGCUCUACCCUUCCAAGAUCAUAAAAAUUUGGGGGUUUUCUCGCAGAAACGGAAGAAGGACACAGAGGAUCUUGACAAGAUGUCCUUCAGAACAGCCCAAAUCCGCCUCGUUAGUUCACAUCGUGAGGUUUACGAACCCUGUGAUGAUUCAUUUGCACUAGUCGAUGCACUUCUGUCUGACAGAAACAACCUUAUAGAGCAUCAUCCAACGUUGUGCAUGGAAGUGGGUUGUGGAAGUGGGUAUAUUAUUACAUCUUUAGCUCUUAUGCUUGGACAGGAGGCUCCUGGGGUCCACUAUAUUGCUACUGAUAUUAACCCUCAUGCAGUGAGGGUGACCCGUGAGACCCUAGAAGCACAUGGUGUUCAUUCAGAGUUGAUCACAACAGACAUUGCAUCAGGACUGGAGAAGCGUCUGGCCGGAUUGGUUGAUGUAAUGAUUGUGAAUCCACCAUAUGUGCCAACCCCUGAAGAUGAAGUUGGUCGUGAAGGAAUUGCCUCUGCUUGGGCGGGCGGGGAGAAUGGCCGGAGUGUUAUCGAUAAGAUAUUGCCAAUUGCAGACAAUCUAUUGUCAGAUAAGGGCUGGUUGUACGUGGUCACGCUUACAGCUAACAAUCCCUCAGAGAUUUGUCUUCAAAUGAGACAGAAGGGAUAUGCUGCUAGAAUUGUCGUCCAAAGAUCAACAGAAGAAGAGUCUCUCCAUGUCAUAAAGUUCUGGCGGGAUUUUGAUACUCGGGUAGAUUUAAAGGAAAUGGCGGCGACAAACAAAACAAUUCCUGCAAGAGUUAUGGAGUCCUUGGUCUCACAGUUUCCUCUAUCUGCAUUCUGGAGAAGCGGGCCACAGUAGCUUAUAAAUGAGGGGGUAAGAGAGACUUUGAGUGAGGCAACAUAUUCGACCUCUAUUCAAUGAAGAAUUAUUGUUUUUGAGUUUGUUGCAGUUGGGAUUGCUGAAUGUUUUUAUUUUUUGUGAAAGAAAAGGCUCGUUUCAUGA